GGGCCCCUCCCCGCUCCCGCCUCCUCCUGGCAACCCUUUGCGCGGCUCCGGCCCUGGCGACCCGCAACAGUCUCUCCACUUGCUGCCUCCUCGCAAAGGCGCAUCUCUAGGCCAGUGGUAAGCUGCGGCGGGGUCGCUGCAACUCGCGCCAGGACUCGGGACUCUGGCCUUGGUGCGCCCCGCGGAGCCCUCGAUGUGUCGCCUGCAGGCUCUUUUUUUUUUUUUUUUUUUUGAAGAAAGCAGGGAAGCAAUGGCCAUGUGAGACGACUCCAGGAGCAAAGAGCGACCCUCACAAAGUCCAAGUCCUUCCAGAGCACAGGGAAACUGUCGCUUCAGACCGAAGAAGGGAGAGAAAGCAACCUCCCUUAUCUUUCUGGUGGUCUAGUGGCUAGGAUUCGAGUUUUCACCGCUGCGGCCCCGGUUCGAUUCCCGGUCAGGGAAUUGUUUUGUACUGGCCGCCUUCCCGCGGGAAUCUUCCUUUAUUACACUGUCAGCCGGCCUGCUCCAAGGGCCAGAUGCAGAACAGCCUCCGCAGCGAGGGGCAAACCCGGGCGAAGUAGGGCAAGUCGUGGUGGACCACCUCUCACCACACACUGCUCCUAUUUAUGUCCGUGUCCGUCAUCCGCAGACGCGGCUUUAGAGAGCGACUGAGCGUCUCGCUCAGGUGUACACAACAGUGCAGAGAUGCCAGUCCCCGUGGAGGUGCACCCAAUAAGCCCACCCUCUUUGCCACCGCCGCCACGAGGCGCCUAUCUGGCCGAGGAUGCGAAUAAUUAAGAGAGAGGCCAAGCCAAGUCGUGGCGUUUGUGUGUGCCCUGGACACGAGCACCGGCCCGUCAGCGGAGUCUCCUCACCCCCGUUCGCAGCUAACGUUCGCACCUUAGGCCUUCGGAAGAGGCGACUGGAGGCGAUGCCUGCGAGGUUGGGAGAAGGGGGAGAGACUGGUCACGAAGGGGGUUCUCCCAGAGUGAAGCUUCUUCAUCGCACUCUAGAGUUGCUGAUGCCUGUGAUUUCCUCAAUGUGGGAAAGGGUGUUUGUGCUAGAAGAGGGUUGCCCUCUUUACCUAACAUAAGGGGGUUCAAGACUGACAUCGCCUGACGCCCACCCAAAAAUGUUUACGUGGCUUCCUUGUCUCUUUUUUUCUGUUCUAAAGUCGCCUCAUCCUCACACCCCCUCAUUUUUUUCUUCCACACUGGAGAGUAUCUCUCCCUCUAAUUAAAAGUUCCACCAAAUAUUUGAAAUAUCUCAACCAGAAAGACUACAAUGAAUACAUUAUUUCAUUCGUGGAAGCUACAGACCAGCUA